GAGCGUCCGGAAGCUCUGGCCACAUCGCGCUGGGUGAGGUGGCGGCGGGGGCGGCGGGCAGCGGACUCUAGCGGAGCUGGUACUUCGGCGGGUCUCAGAAAGAAGAAGUGAUGUAACUCAUCACUCUGAAGACUUUGAGGUCAGGGUGACGAGGGAGCAGGAAGAGCAUGGCCUGGCCACGAUUUCUGCAGAGGGGGGCUCUGUUCCCCGGCUUCAGCCAUCACCAUGUUGCUGUGUUCCUGCUCACUUUCUUCAGCUAUUCUUUGCUCCAUGCGUCAAGAAAAACAUUCAGCAACGUCAAAGUCAGCAUUUCCAAGCAGUGGACCCCAAGUGCUUUUAACACAUCCUUUGACCUGCCUGCAGAGAUCUGGAGCAGCAACCAUUUGUUCCCCAGCUCAGAGGAAGCCACUCUUUUCCUUGGAACACUAGACACUGUGUUUUUGUUCUCCUAUGCUGUGGGCCUCUUCAUCAGUGGCAUCAUUGGGGACCGGCUGAAUUUACGAUGGGUUCUGUCCUUCGGCAUGUGUUCUUCUGCGUUUGUGGUGUUUGUCUUUGGCACCCUUACGGAGUGGCUGCAUUUCUACAACAAGUGGCUGUACUGCGGCCUGUGGAUCGUGAACGGCCUGCUGCAGUCCACUGGCUGGCCCUGCGUGGUUGCUGUGAUGGGCAACUGGUUUGGCAAGGCUGGCCGAGGAGUUGUCUUUGGUCUCUGGAGUGCCUGUGCUUCAGUGGGCAAUAUUUUGGGAGCGUGCCUGGCUUCAUCUGUUCUGCAGUAUGGCUAUGAGUAUGCCUUUCUGGUGACCGCGACUGUGCAGUUUGCUGGCGGGGUCGUCAUCUUCUUUGGACUGCUGGUGUCGCCAGAAGAAAUCGGUCUCCCAAGUAUUGAGGCAGAAGAAGGCUCGGAGGAGGAUUCACACAGGCCCCUCAUUAGUGGUGCUGAAGAGGAAGAUGGAUAUGAGCCAAAUUAUUCCAUCCAAGAGGACGGGGCUGCCACCCAAGUGACGGCAAUAAGCUUUCACCAGGCUUGCUGCCUCCCUGGAGUCAUACCGUACUCCCUGGCCUACGCCUGCCUGAAGCUGGUGAAUUACUCCUUCUUCUUCUGGCUGCCCUUUUAUCUGAGUAACAACUUCGGGUGGAAGGAAGCCGAAGCCGACAAGUUGUCCAUUUGGUACGACGUCGGAGGCAUUGUAGGUGGGACUCUGCAAGGCUUCAUCUCCGACGUGCUGCAGAAGAGAGCCCCCGUGCUGGCCCUCAGCCUCUUCCUGGCGGUUGGCUCCCUUGUUGGCUAUAGUCGCUCCCCGAACAACAAGUCCAUCAACGCGCUUCUGAUGACCAUCACAGGGUUUUUUAUUGGCGGACCAUCCAAUAUGAUUAGCUCGGCUAUUUCUGCAGACUUGGGCCGCCAAGAGCUGAUCCAAGGGAGCAGUGAGGCUCUGGCGACUGUCACGGGAAUUGUCGAUGGAACUGGGAGUAUUGGUGCUGCCGUGGGCCAGUAUCUGGUGUCUUUGAUCCAAGACAACCUAGGAUGGAUGUGGGUUUUCUACUUUUUCAUUCUCAUGACAAGUUGUACAAUUCUGUUUAUCUCACCGUUAAUAGUGAGGGAAGUGUUCUCUCUUGUGCGAAGGAGACAAGCUCACAUACUGAGUGAGUGAUCGGUGCCCACGGGAGAACGGAUGGGACGCUCACGGGGCCUGGAGGCCUUCGGUUCCGGCGGCGUGUGGAGUCCUCCCAGCCCGACGGAACCUCAGCUCGUCAGGCGUCCUGCCCACUGCCCACUGCCCCCGACACUGUCGAAUUAUUUUUGUACACUAGAGCCGUUACUGACCAUUUUUUACUAUAUUUGUGAAUGUACUAAAAGGAACCUGCCAGCCUCUUCGUCGGGCUUGUCAGCUUAUCCCGUUAACCGGACAUGUUUUGGUCCUGGGCCCUUGUUCGUCAGCCUUAAUUAAGGGCUCAGUGAACAGGAGGCUGAGUCAUGCGAGCUGGUUUGAUGAGAAGACCGCCGGGUGACCCUCUGAAAGCCAGUGUGCAGAGAGCGCAUCACCAUGAAGACGUGAAUCCGAGCUCAGGCCAGGUGAAGCUGCGGCCCCGCCUUGGACAGAGUACCUUACUGAGGCUGGAAGAUGACGUCACUGUGCUGUGGCUCAGUCACUCUGUGGCUUCUGGAGGUCCUCGUCCUCUCUAGAAUGGUCGUCAGCUUGUUCUCCGACUUCACUGACAUUUGACUCACUCCUAGGAGUAGUCUUCUGUUCAUGAACUGUUAAGUUAUCUCGAACAUUCCAGCACGGAGCUUCCAACCUCAGAUUUACAGUCUGGGGACGUUAAGACCCUCCGAGAAGCCUUGCUCUGUAGCCUUAUUCUUGGAAAAGUGGUCUCUGUCGCAGCCUGGUUCCUGGAGUUACCUCAGAAGAAGACUAGGAUUAGAAACACGGCAAAGACUCUUUGUUGCAAGGGUGUGAAAUGUAUGUAUUGAAUCAUGCUAGUGGAUUGUUAGGGCCGGAGGCCUGUCCUUUUUAGAAGGUGGUAGUGUGUAUGUCUUCCAGACUGAAUUCUAUAUGAAUCAAUACUUUAAGGUCAUUCUGUACAUACAUUUUAAAUUAUGUAAACAAACUAGGAGGAAAAUGUGCAAUUUUGAGGGACACCUAAUUCACAUUGGGUUAGGGAAUGUUCUCCCACCUCUUGUAUUACACUCAAAUAUGCGUUGACAGACUUGUUAUUUAAUUUCGAGGACUUCUCAUCACUUUACGAUUGAGUCACUGACAUAAAGGGAAAACACAAUACAUAGGAAGGGAGGGGAGAAAACCAGCUUUUGUAAUAAAUGCCCAGCUGUUUGGUUAUUUAA